AUGAGAAUCAACUAUACAUGGACCCUGCUUGUGUACGCAUUGGCGGUCCACGCAGCCGACAGCGCAGGAAUCCUGCGCAGACACAUCGCACCAAUAUUUCCCCUGCGCCCUAAUGUCGCCCCGCUGAGCCGCGGUGCGAUUGCACUGGCCGUCACGCGCGAGCUCGCGCUCAGCGGACCCCGUGUGUUUGAGGAUAAAUCAAGGAUAAAACAUCGCCAAAUCGCUUCACAGAACACCGAUCUUGACGCAGCAAUUGCCUUCUACGCCAAGCAGCACGACAGAAUACUCAGGGAGCUGCUGCUGCCGGCGCUGAAGGAUGUGUCUACGAAGGGAACGGAGAUUCCAAACAGCCAGCCCAUGCCUAAGGAACUAGAAUGGGAUAUCGCAGUGAGCACGGAAGCAGAACCGCUGCAGUGUGCGGUCCUAGCUGACGUGCCUCCGGGGACGGUCCUCGUGCGACCACGUACGGAUCAAGAUGACGCAACCCCGUCUGACUAUGUGUCCAUCGAGGCACUCAACGGACUCCUUCGCUUACAGCCAUCUAACCUCACCACGCUGUUCCCGAACGCCACCGUGUCAGAUGUCGAGAAACUAUACGCGCAUGCGUCCCUAGCGGUACGCCUUCAUGUAAAAUCACAUGACUAUUCAGACGACGUUUCUGGCGUAUCUGAGCUACAACUGGAAGCUCAGGCGGAUUGUUACCGCGUUGCUGGUCACCGCCGCAGCGGCGGGAGUGCGGCACGUCGUGUUCGAUAUCGUGCUUGCACUGCUGAGGGCGAGACUGGUGUGGCAGCCGAACGUGUACGGUCUGUGGAGCAGGCUGUACCACACGCCUGCGCCACUGAUGCUCAUGACGGCUAA